AAACGCAUCACGCGUUUUAAUUUUUUCACUACGGCAAGUCGCGCGACUGUGUUGUUUCGUCUUCGUUUGGAAUUUUAUUAAUUUUUAUGCGUAAACCGGUUCACUAACGGGAUUGUGUCAGUGCUGUCCGAUAAAUCAGUGUGUGCGCUAUCUUUUCGGCAUGAAUUACAUGGAAGUUAGAUGAAGCGGUGUUGAUUUUCCGUAAGUUAACCCCUAAAAUGUAGGGUACACCAUUGUUUAGUGUUGCUGUGGCUGUGUGGUUGAGGGUGUAUGGAUUGGUCCGGUUGUCGGAGGGGGAAAGUGAGGAAGUGCAUGGUGGCAAUCUUGUCUUCGUGUUGUAGCUGUGCGACAUACCCAGAAGAAAAAGAAUUGUUGAGAGGAAAAAAUCAUCGGAAACGGGCAGCCUCCGGCCGUCUUGCGACACACAGGACACCAUGGGUAGUCGGAUGGACAAUCUAGACCUGCUGUCGGACGAGGAGCUUCGUCUGCGGCUGAUGCAGUAUGGAUUUCAAAAUAUGCCUGUCACGAGCACCACUCGCAAGCUGCUAAUCAAGAAGCUACGCAAUCACAUGGAAAGUGAGAAGGGCAAAUUGCGGCGGGAGACCAGCUAUGUGACGCGAUAUUCAUCGGGAGAGGAAUCCGACGGGGAGAGAAGACAAAAACGGAGAUCUGCGACCAGUGCCGGUAAUACCCGGACAACGAUGCCACCGCCGGCCACCAGACCGAUUAGCAAAAGAAUCAGCAGCAACAAUUCGGCCAUAUCACAGAGUAGUAGUUUACUGAAUCACAAUAACAACAACAACAACAAUAAUAAUAACAAUCAUAAUAAAUCACUUUCUCCGGGAACGGGGAAAAGUUCUGUUUACAUCUCGCCGGUAAUCAUCAACGAUAGUGAGGAAGAGGAUUACACCAGUGGAUUGCGGACGACGAGCAGAAUCUUCGGAAACGCCUCAUCUUCGCCAAGCGCACUGUUUCGACGGGCUACCAGUAGCAACACUUACUCGACACCAACGAGAUCUCCCGUCUCGCUCACAGCGACCACACCAAGUUACACAUCCACUUACAACAGAGCAAGCAGCGCCAUUAACAACAACAGUCCAACCGCCGCCACUACGGUUGGCGUAACCGGCGCAAGUCUCAGCGACUCCACCAACUCGAAUGGAAGUGCCUCGGAAUCACCGUUCGUAAGCGAAUAUACGAAGCGGCUGCUUCAGCUGCGCGGAGAAACGGUAACCCACGAGAAUUACAACAGUGCUAUUGGGAAUGCCUUAAGUUCUAUUGGUGGUGGUGGUGUUGCUGCUGGCGGUGGCAGCGGUCUCAAUCUCAAUCACAGUACGGCACCUAUCAGUGGAAAUCAUUUCCGCAACCGAUACUCCUAUUCGAGUCGAUACUCAGGCAAUCACAGCGAUAGGACGAACAGCGGAAUACACAAUGGAAGCAGCAACAGCUUCAACGAGAAUGAUAUUGUUACACACGCGCAACCAACUCCGGAGCCACCGCACAUACCGCUGAGGGUAGCGCUGAGGAAUCUUAUCACCAAGCUUGACGAGCAUUACGGGUUCAAGCAGACCUUCAUUCCGUGUGCGCUACUGUGCCUGUUCGUCGCCUUUCUGGUGUUUGUUGCGUUUAUGUAUAUGACCAUCUCUACCGAUAUCGUCAGCACGCUCAAUUCGAUCGAUACCAGGUAUGAUCUGUGCGAACACGCAGCACCGGAUGUGAGCAGAUGCGUUACACAGGCUGACGUGGGUCCCGCGUUGGAGCUGCUGAAAUUGGUGGGAACCGAGCUGAAGGAUCGUGUUGUAAAAAGUAAAUGCGUCGAUUCGAGCGUUUCAUAUAUAAUGAGCGCAGAUGAGGUACUCAAGCUAGCCAAGGAGCGCAGCCCUAACCUAUUGAUCCCACAGCUCAUUAGGCACAUGCACACAAUGGAGUAUUUGAUCGAUCAGAAUCCCCAGUGGAGAAUUAACCAUUGUGAUCAGCACGGGGCUGAGAUUGGAUUCGAUGAAGUGCUGCGCAGAAGACCCGCGAAGAGUAAUCAUUUUGGUAUACUGAGACCGAAGCUUCCCUUCACCUGUAUGCUGUAUAACAAAUUCCACACCUUCUUCGUGAUUGUGGGCGUGUUGGGAUUGUUUGGAAUAGUAACAUAUCUGAUUCAUUAUUUCUUCAAAUUUGUACUAUACGUUAAGCAGAAGCGCAAGGAUCAGGUGAACGCGUUGAUCAAUGAAAUAGUUCAGGCGGUGAGUCAAGCUGCAGCAUCCGCCAAUGGGAACGACUCAUCCGACAUAAUAGUGAAUCAUCUGCGGGACAGGUUAAUCGCUCCCGAUAGUCGCAAAAAGUUAGAGUGGGCAUGGUUUGAAGCGCUUCAGUUUCUGGAACAAAAUGACAGCCGAAUACAGUUCAAGGUCGGCAAUCGUGGCGGCGAAGACUACAAAAUGAUGUGUUGGGCCGAUAGUGCACCACCUCCAGCAAUUUCGUCGGCUCGAUCUGUUCCCGGAGGCGCAAAAAAGUGGCAAAGUCCAGCUUUUGACAACACCAACAAAAUCCCGGACCCUCCAACGCCCUGUCUCAAAAUCCGACAAAUGUUCGACAAAUAUGAAGUAAACGAUCCAAACCUAAAGACCAUUGUUCAGGAUGCAAUCCUGGAGAAAGUCGGCUCGCGAUGUAAAAUAUACGACAUCCAGUUGGAUCGGAAUACCUGCUGCGUUUACGUCCGCUGCGCAACUGCCAAGGAUGCCGGAAUAGUGCAUGAUGAAAUCAACGGCUGGUGGUUCGACAAUCGACUCGUUUCGAUUAAAUUCCUCCGACUGGAGCGUUAUCUCGCUCGAUUUCCCCGAUCCUCAGUUGGGCCAAAUUGCCUGAAACCAUCGAAUCACAACAACAGCUCAAUGUCCCAACAGCAGCAACAGCAACAGUCCAGAGAUCGACCGUCGAGUCCGCUGGAACGUGACGAUGACGAGGAGGAUGACGAAGAAGAGGACGAUGUCGAGCUCGAAUAAGAGUGCAAACUUUCUUAUUUCGAAAUUUUACAGUUUAACCCGUAACUCUUAGUUGUACAUUAACGUGGCCGCUUAUGUUGUUUGUUUUUAUAUUGUUUUGUCAUAAGGAGACCCCCAAUCCAAUAUCAUUUUUUCAUUGUUCUUCUGAGUAGUGCUAUUCUUAUUAUGCCAAUUAAUUGACUAAUCAAAUUCAGUGGUGCAGUGCAGGAGAUAAAUAAAACGAAAAAUUAAAAAAAAGAGAUAUCGUUAACGUUACAUACGAGAGAUAAUAAAACACAUUGUUGGUUUAAUGUACACUGUUGAAACAUCAUAUUACAUAAGUAACGACAAAUCCAACUCGAAGAGUGAAGCAGCUUCCGGUUCUUGCUGACGAGACUGAAUAUGUGGAAGACGAGUGUUAUCAUUUGUUUCCAACUGUACGCGGGAUAUGCCUUUGGUCAUGCCAUUCUCAACAAUGCUAUCAUUAAAAAAUAUAUAUCAUCAAUAUGCGCAAGAUAGGAAACGUCCGGAACCAACAAACAAACACACAUAGGCAACUCAUAAAUAAAAUGAUCAUAAAUUUUAGCUUGCAGGAAAUUAUAAUACAUCCGAUUGUGAAGCUGGAACAUCCUUAUUGUAGGUAACAAAUGUAAAAAAGAAGGGUUGAUUCUUAAAUAAAUGGUAAUUCUUUAGUAAA